GUUCUGCUGAAGUUUUUGAGAAAUUCUAUGAUUCAAUGAACUUUUCCAUUGAUGCACCAAACCUUGAAAGUCUCUAUGUUGAUUUUGGUAAUAGGAAAGCAUUUCUAAAAAAGUUCAAAAUCCCAAAUUUGAAGGUUCUUGAAGUUAAAUCAUCACAUUUGAGCUCCAAUUGCGUUAGGGAUUUCACAAAUUUGGUUAGGCUUGGAAUUAAUAGCUUUUCAGAUUUGGAAGACUUGGAACUAUGUAAUUUGGAAAAGAUAAAAUUAUCAGCUGGUUAUUCUUUGAUGAUGAGUAAUUGCAAAUUUCCCAAGUUGAAAACCAUCAGUAUUGAUCCUGAUGCAAGGUUACCGGGUAUUGUCAAUUGUGAGUUGGACUCAUUGGAGGUGCUUGAUAUUCAAAUGACCAAAACUUCGUAUAUCAAGAAUUUAUAUGCUCCAAGCCUCCAGCUUUUAUCGUUAAACCAUACAAUCAGGGGCAUAUUAAAUACAUUGGUAUUAGAUGGUGGCUGCUUUCCUUCUUUGGAGAAAAUCGUUGUUCCUAGUCCCGUCUAUCUUGCUGAAUUGGAACAAUCACGGUCUUUGCAAAAUGUUGAAAACUUGAAAGUAUAUAUCCAGAAAGAAUGGUUUUAUCCAACAGUGCCUAUGUAUUUGAUGAAAGAUGAUGAUAUGGAAGUUGAAGAUUUAUCUAUGGCAAAUGAGCUUGAUAUGUUGCUGAAAACUAGAUUGGACAAUGUUAAGGUUCUAUCCCUCAUUUUUGAAAACACACAGAAGCUAGAGAACUCAAGGCUUCAACUACCAGAUUUAUCGAGGCGUAUUCCUCAGCUGGAGACACUAGGGCUCUACAUUCACAACUUGGAGCCAGGUGACACAGUUGACAUUGGCUUCUUGAAAUACACACCAGUGAAGCAAUUUUGCACAAAUAUCCCUCCGGAAUCAUUCAUUGAUUUUGAUGAGUAUCAAAUCGAUGAGCUCAGUAAUUAUACAGGCAGCUGUCAAUCGAUCUAUGACUGGUGAAAGUAUGAAGUUUUAUAAUUUAUAACGUCGACAUUAAUGAUAAUGAUUUAAAUUUGACAGUAUGUCCAUAUCGAGUAAUUUCCCCUUUUGAGAUGUUUCCCGGAGUUUUUUUCUUGACCGCCUUUUU